UGACCCAGAUGCCGCGGGGGAUCCCCCCUCUCACCCAGAGGUUGAUCGUGGCUGGGAACACCAUACCGGUGCUGGGGGAGGCAGCUGUCGUUGGAAACGGCUCAGAACUUCUUCUGCUGGACACCCUGGACCUCCAGGGUAACUGCAUCCGAAGGAUUGCACCCGGCGCCUUUGAAGGCUUGUCCAACCUCAAGACCUUGAACCUCAGCGAGAACGCCCUGGGCUCCAUCGCCAGCGACGCUUUUCGUGAUCUCUCCCUCCUACACACCUUGUGCAUGAACCGCGCCCUCCACCAACUGCCCGCGGAGCAGCUCUGGACAGCUUUGGACCCCAGACACCUCCCCAACCUCACCCAGAUCCAACUGGUUGGGAACCAGCUGAGAAACCUCCCUGAAGAUCUGCCCACCAGCCCCAAGUGGGAGAUGUUGGACCUCAGGGACAACCUGUUGGGUAGGGUUGGGGAAAGGACCACAAGCUGGCUGCAGCAACACCCCAGCCUCAAAGUUUACUUGUCCUCCAACCCGUUUGUGUGUGACUGCCAGCUGUGGCCCAUGUACCUGUGGCUGAAGAACACCUCCCAGGUUGGUGACAAGAAGAAGAUGACCUGCCACUGCCCACAGCCUUUGAAUGGGACCCUCCUCACCCAGUUGACAGCUGAAGACUUCAAAUGCCCGGAAGCCGACGCAGCCUCCUACGUCUUCCUGGGGAUCGUCUUGGCUCUCAUUGGAGCCACCUUCCUCAUGGUCCUCUACCUCAACAGGAAAGGCAUCAAGCGAUGGGCCAGCAACUUCCGUGAAGCUUGCCGUGAUCAGAUGGAGGGCUACGAGUACAGAUACGAGCACGACUCUGAGCCUGGGGUGGCCAGUGUCUCAGCUGUGGUCUAGCCCGCUGAUGCCAGCGAUGUUCCCCCUUGCCCUACCCAGUACGGCUUCCAAGUGCAUUGCGGUCACUAAAGGAAAGUUGAAUCAGAAUGACAGCUACAAACUUUAUGCUUGUGCUAAGGUAGAACUUUGCACCUUUCUUCUCUAUAGAAGUAGGAACAUCCAAUGCAACCCUUCAGCUGCAGUGUCGCUGGACUAUUAUGCACUGUAGUCUCUCUAUACCCUCUGCUUGCCCCCAUGUAGACAACAUCAUAAGCACGUUGCACAACCUUUGUCUUGUCUUAGUCAAAAUAACCAUACAAUCUCCUCUGUGUUCUGUUAGCACCUCCCAUCAUUUUAAGCAUGUUGUACGAUCUGUUCAGUUUGUGUUAACAACACGGUAAGAACACUGUAAGACUUGUCGGUUUGUUAGUACCACAGUAACCACACUGUAAGAUCACCAUUUCUUGCCUAUUAAGAUUGAAAGCACAAUCUCAGCUGGCUUUAGCAACAUCGUAAGCAUGCCAUAAGGUACCUAUUUGGAUUUUAUAAACAGUAUGGCGAAAGCACAGUGAGGCAGUGUUAACAAUAUUGUAAAGCAUGCUAUAAGAUCUUCAUUUACAUCGUAAAACACUAAAACGUUGUUCUGCAUUGCAUUAGCACCAUCCUAAACACACUGGAAUAUCCCAAUGUGCUUUGUGUUGGCAUCAUAGUUCUCUGUAAGAUCAGUUUACCUUUUGUUACAACAUAUUCAGUGCUCUAUAAGGUAAA